CCGCGCCGAGAGCCGGCGGGCUGGCCGGCUGGGAGGCGCCGGGCCUUGGGGCGCGGCGGGACUUGUAGUCCGGGCUCCCGCUUCGGACGCCCGCGGCUGCCUAGCGCGUGGUGCGGCUGAACUGCACUUCCCAUCGUGCCCCGGGCGGCGCGCUUGCGCGGUUCGGGCUGGCACGCGGGAGCGGUACUAGGGCACUGGCCCUGGGGCCCGGGGGAGGAGUGGGGCCGAAGGCCGGAGGCAGAGUUUAGAGAAGGGUGACCGGGACUUGGCGCUCUCUUCCCUUGAAGCUCUCGCUUCCUGUCCGGAACGCAGAUGGGGCGGAGCGCCCGCGGCUUUCCGCUGUUGCCCGCUGCCUGUGACUCUCCAAACAUGGGAGUCCUCGGGAGUGCCAAACGUCCGGCGGGUUUGGACCGGCUUUUGUGUCACGCGUCCUGGGCUUUUGCACGAUGCGGCCGGGGUGACGCACAGGCGCGGGUGGCUUCCAUCCCGCUGCCUCUCCCUGCGCGUCCCGCGUGUUCCCUAGGCGGCGUGGAGGCGUCGGAAGCCGGGGCCACCGCCCCACCCCGAGCGUGGCUCCCACGCCUAACCCUGUACCUGCUGCAGGAACCAGGAGCCCCCACAGCCCUUGUGCCCCCAGCCGAGGCGACCGCGUUCUCCUUUGUGCAGCAUUCUAUAGGUUCCAUGCAGCGCUAGAGAGGGUGAGAAGCCGGGGUUUGCAAUUGGCUGAAAGUUAGGAGAUUUUUUUUUUUUUUUUUUUUUUUUUGGUCGUCCAUGCCAAAUGGAAGCUUUUCCUGGAGGGAUAAUUGCUGAACUGAAUGCCUAAUUCUCUACUUAGUUAACAUAUGGUUAAGAAAGAAAGGAAGAAAAAGUGACUGCAGCCGAAGGCCCCUUCUACAAGACUGCACACAAAACACCAAGAGAGUAAUAUUAAACUGGGUAGUUAUCUCAUUAAGUAAUUGUUAAGAUAAUGGAGUUGACUAUUGGAAUAUCCCCAGACGUGUCACACCAAUAGUCACUAGGUGUUUGGUGACAGCUGCUACUUUUUGAUCAUUUGAAUGUUAUACAUUAGUUCAUAAAAAAGUAAAUGACCAGUUUUCUUGUUAACUAUUGGAAACUGGCAUCGCAGAACGUUUUCCUACAGGGCUUGGAGAAGCCUGAACGCUUCUGACUAUGCGUUAAACCCUGACUGAGAAUAGAUUAUUACAAAUACAGAUUUUUCUUUAGAUCUUUUUUCCCCCCUGAUUGCAUCGUGAAAUUCAUUCUGAAGUUAUGAAACACUGGUCAUUUAGUCUAGUUGUGGUUGAAUCGAGGAUACUGCUUACCUCUGGGUAAGCUUUCCCUCCUGAGUAAAUACUUGAGUUCUUUCUGGGAGAGUCUUACUACUUUUGUUAAAGUUUACUUUUUUGAAAAACGAAAUAUUGGAGAAACACUGACAUUUUGGAAAUGGGAGUGGAGUCAAAAGUGGCCUCUGCCUCGUAGAAGCCCUUCCUUUCUAUAGUUUGCUGCCAAGCAUUCUUCCUUUCUUAGGACACAUUUUCCCUAAGGCUUAUUUGACCUGUCAUCAGACUUCUUCACUGCUGUCUUUUAAACUCUACUUAAUAGAAAAGAAACAUUUAAACACGGCAUUCUAGCAUAUCUAGUACAAGCACUAAAAAUUGAUUUUUUUAAAGCAUUAUGAACAAAUGGAAAGUAAUUGAUUUGUUUGUAAAAACUGUAAGCUUUGACAUUGUUACCAUAAAAGUUACCUCUAAAAGUUACAAAAGUGCAACUGCAUGAGAAUGCUUUCCUGUGAUUUUUUUUUAUCAUUUAGUCUCGUGUGUAUUUGACUUAAUAAAUAGUUGGCUCAGAGAAAGGGAAUUAUUAAAAAUUGUACUUAGAAACCACUUUUUCUGUUGAUGUGUAGGUGACAGCAGGUGCAUCUGUACAACCAACGAGGCGGCCAACUCUUCAGUUAGUUAGGUUAAUAGGUUUUGUGUAUAUUCCCAUUUUUCAGUAAAUGGGGAGUUCUAGGAAGCCAAGAAAAUUGACCUCACAGAUCUGUAUUUACACAGUAAGCACUAUUCUGAUUUGAGGAGUGGAUUUGUGGGGUUUUGCUUUGUUUUUUACUUUUUGUCUGUUAAGACAUUCUCACUCUAGCCUGGCCUGGGAUUCAAUGUAGCCUAAGCUGGUCUCAAACUAAGACAUCCUCCUGCCUUAGCCUUCUGAUUGCAGGGAUUGCAGGUGUAAAUCACCAGAUUUAACAUGAAAGACAGG